AUGCCCAUCGGGUCGAUGAUCUGGUACGUCAUUGUCGAUAUGGCUCUGCUGGCAGUUUCAAUCGCCUUCCUCGCUUUCGCUUGGUGCGUCGUCUUGUACGAUCAGAAGCCCACAAGCUUUCAUCGACAAGCAGCUGAGAGGCUCGAGCAAGCUUCAAAAUGGGGCCCGACAAUGUAUCCCAUACUUUUUGCCUCUGUCGUUGGACGAGCCACACAUGCGAUCCUGCUUUGGGGGCUUGAGACGGGCCAACGUAUCGCUAUUCUAGACAUACUAGCUGGUAGUACAUCACUUACUAGUACUGUUGUUUCGCAAUUCCACUUACGGAUGGUCAGCUAUGCUGGCCUUGGCCUAAUCGCCAUCUGGAUGCUAUCUCCCGUGGGUGGUCAAUCCUCCUUUCGGCAGAUAAAGUUUGGGUCAAGGGACACGUCCGAGAACGCAACGUAUCUCUAUGUUGCCCCCGGGCCUCAGAUGUGGGUUCCCGAUGGAGGAACAAGCGAGUCGAUCUUGAACAGCAUGUUUGUGGCUGCCCUUCUUAGCUCAGCAACCCAAAAAGGCUCUCCGCGUGAUGCAUGGGGUCAUAUCGAAGUUCCCAGGAUCCAACACUAUGAAAACACGUCGACUCCAAACGACCAAGGCUGGUACAAGGCGAGUGAUGGUACCGGAGACGAUUAUAGCUCUCUGAUUGGUAUUCCGAUGAGCGGUAUGGACUCGAUGGAGUACAUUGACUAUGCAGCCACGAUCGAAGCUAUGUACUUUCAUCUCAACUGCGACAAUUCCUCAACCCCGGAUGAUGUCCACUUUGAGUUCAAUCACAAUGAAAGUCGGUUUGGGAAUUUAUCUUGGAACGAAGAUACGACGGAACGGGCCAGAAUACCUGCUGACGAUCUAAAACCAUUUGCUUUCACGUUGAAAUGGGCAACGUUUGGUGCCUUGAAUUGUACCAUCGAGACAACAUAUGUCGAAGUUGCGGUGUCGUGUGCUACAUACGCUGCUUGUGCAGCACCGUUGGUCAGACGUUCUCGCCUCAAGCACCCGCCAGUAGCUUACACACUAUUGGGGCUAGAAUACGGUUUGAAUGGAACGAUGUGGGAGAAAGCGAUCUUGUCGUCAUCGCAGCUUUUCUCUAGAGGUUACCUAUACAACCUUGAAGACCCAAGAAGCAGUCCGGAUAACUUUGGACAACCCUCACAGCCUCCUCCCCACAAAGCCGCAAUACGACUUGGCCAAAUGCUGAAUACGUAUUGGGCAGCGAUGAACGGCAAGAAUGUGCUCACAAGUGGCCUCAACGAAGUUACAGUUUGGGCAGACAAUACGACCUCAUGGAAAUAUCAGGAUGGGAGCCAGGACAUGACAGAACACGGUGGCCAAAAUGGCACGAAACCCAUCUACACAAUUAGGUAUAGUGUCGAAUUAGCCUAUCUAGCGAGAGCAUGGUACAGCAGAGGCACAAAACGUAGUGACACGGAGGUUUUCCAAGCCCAUUGGGGCUGGGUCAUAACCCUCAUGGUCUCGUCAACAGUACUGAUCACAGCGAGCUUGAUCCCCUUCUACCUCCGGACAUUUUUCUUACGCGGCCCGGACAUACUCAUGAACAUUUCCAGUCUGUCAACACGAGAAAGUACUUAUCUAGCCCUACCAACAACAGGGACUCACCUCGACGCAUUGGAGCGGUCGCGGUACCUGAAAGACGUGCGCAUACGAUUGAAAGACGUAGAGAAAGACAACGAGACUGGGAGUUUGGCAAUUGGACAAAUGGAAGGAGAUCAUACGCCACUGAAGAAGGGGAGGAAGUAUGUCUAA